AAGUUUCUUUGAAUAUUAUUUUACAGAUUUUCUCGACAAUGGUGAGAAGUUCUGGGGUCCUUCGCAGACUUUCUUCCCGGAAACUCAGGUCAGCUCCGUAUACAAUUCCUUCAAGGAAGUUCUCAGAGAAGGAAGAUGGGUCAAAGAAAACAUCAGUGACCUUGGAGAAAAGGGAUUGGGAAGAUGCCACCUGUUCUGUGUGCAUGGAGUACCCACAUAAUGCUGUUCUGCUGCUGUGCUCUUCUCAUGACAAGGGCUGCCGCCCCUACAUGUGUGGGACGAGCUACCGUCACUCGAAUUGCCUCGAUCAAUUCAAGAAGGCAUAUACAAAAAUGACAACCUCUCAUCACGAUCCUCUGGCUGACAACAGGACCCUAGGAUUAAAUGUGCCACACUUGCUUGCAUGUGAAAAGUCUGAUAUUAUGGAGCUUGCAUGCCCUUUGUGCCGAGGGCAGGUAAAAGGAUGGACUGUGGUGGAUCCUGCACGUCAUUAUCUCAACAACAAGAAGAGAAGCUGCAUGCAAGAAAAUUGCUCGUUUGUAGGGACUUACAAGGAGCUAAGUAAGCAUGUUAGGUCCGAGCACCCUUCUGCAAAGCCUCGUGAGGUGGAUCCAGUGCUUGAACAAAAGUGGAGGACGCUAGAAAAUGAAAGAGAGCGACAAGAUGUGAUCAGUACAAUAAGGUCAUCAAUGCCAAGGUCAGUGGUGUUUGGUGAUUAUGUGAUUGAAAUGGGCGACAGCGACCAUGAUUCUGAUGAUGAGAUCGGUGAUGGGUAUGGAGAUGUUGACUUGGAGACUCGAGGAUUUAGUAGGAAUAUCCUAUACUUAAUUCUGAGAGCGAGCACAGGUCUGAUGAGGCUUCACAGGGACAGUGGGGUAUUAGAGGACAGAGGAGAUGAUCAUGAAGGUCCUUUAAACAGCGAUUCUGCUGAUGCUUAUCCCUUGGAUGGAAAUGAUAAUGUAGCUCCAGUAAUUACUCAGGAUAGCGGUAUGGAUGCCCUGAGAUCUGAGAGGCGGCACAGGCGGCGCCGUAGGAGCCGGGGUGAGUUCAGCCGGCUUUAGUUGAAGAACGUGGUUGGCAUAAAGUACAUAUCAAACUCGGUUUGUCGUACCCGAUUGUUCAAUGUUUAUUUGAUGUGCUGAUUUAUAUCAUAAAACAGAGAAGAAACUGUGUUCUUGUAUUUUUAAACAGAUUUUACUUUCACAGGGUGACCAGUUAUGAACACCACAAUGCAGUGGUCACCACUUUAUUGUGGUAUAUUGCCACAUCACGAUUCAAUGUUGUGGCGGAAACCAUACAAAGAUGAUGCUCUAUCUGUCAAGAUGAUAUCUGAGCCAAUGUAAUGUAAAGCUGAUACAUGUGUUUGGAAUAUAGAGGGGGCAUACCAUUGCAAUAUGAA